AUGGAGGAGGAGGAGGAGGAGGAUGAGCGUUCGACCGCUGGUGUGGCCGCCCGGGGCAGCCCAGACCUGCGAGGAGGAGCUGACGAGCACUUCCGGCGGAUGCUGGUGGCCAGGCAGAGGCGGAGGCAUGGGAUGUUCACGACGGCGCUGCACUACGGGAUGAGGCUUGCGGACGACCAGCUGUUCCGCGUCAGCCUGGCGGUCCCGACGCACGAGGGUGGUGUCCAUACUGUUUUCAAGGAUGAUGACGACGUCGACUCGGACGACGACAUGGACCUAGACAGGCUCUUCCGUGGCAAUGGCGGCAGAAGCAACGGCCGCAGCAGCUUCCGGCCCACGGACGAGAGAGAGAGGAAGAGUGGAAGAGAGACAGCAUCACAUUCUCCGCGCCGGAAGCCCGCCACGCACUUCCGCUUCAUGAUGUACAACAACGGCCGGGUAGCGUGGUGGCCGCAGGCCUACGCGCGGCCGUACAGCGCCGUGGUCGACGACCUGCGCACCGGCGUGCGGCGCAUGUACGACUUCCCUGCGCACGGGCUGAGGCAGACGGGCUACACGGCGGCGAUGAGCAGCGAGCUGCUGCUCAUGGGCCGCGGCUGCGUCCUGCACGCGUGGCACCUGCGACUCGACCGGCUACAGACGGCCACGUUCCCGCGGGCCAUUGAGCGCGUGUUUGUCGAGGCAGAUCGCGUCGUUGCCGUGGCGAGGAACAGCGACGUGUUCUACUGGCGGUAUGGGGAAGAGGAGGAGGAGGCCGGCUGCUGCUGGAGGGCGUUGGACAUGGGUGAUGAUGAUGUUGAUGAUUAUGGUGGUCGUGGUCUGGGAGGGUGUUUUGCCAGGGGCCGCGUCAGGAUGAGCGGCCUCGUCGAGCUCCCGCCUACGAGUCCGCCGCACCGCAUGGGCUUGAGGCUGUGCGAGGACGGGAUGCUGUUGGAUUUCAUCCUGCACCCGGUGGUUAUGGACACGCUGUUUGUGGUGACGUUUUCCACGGACCACCGGCUGUGUGUGCAUGAGAUACGGGACGUUGGCCGUGGUGGUCGGCGAUUUGCUACGUACCAGCCGCAGAGCGACGACAUGACUGUCUUCGAGGACCUCAGUGAGCAUGGGUACCUCCGCUGGGAAAAGAUCGACUCGCAUGGCGGAUACUGCCUGAUGAUGGUGAAUGGCGAGGAGACGAGGUGGGCUCGACACAGAGACGGCGGCCACAACCUUGCUCAUGCUCACGAACAAGGACACGACCAUGAAGAUGACUCUGCUCAGCCGGGAUCCCCAUGCGCCCAGCCGGAUGCGGCGUACACCGUCGUUGCUAUCUGCUUCAACAUCUACACAAGGGAGUUUGACUUUGUCGUGUAUCAUCCGCCGUGGCAUUUUGCUACUUCGUGGCACCUUUGGAACGGCCUGUUGUUCACACCGGACGGCAAGACGGGGCGGGACCUCGUCAUCGCAUCUCGGAGGUGCUCUCACCAUAGUACAACGCACACAUAUUCGAGUGAUGAAGAUACCAGUAGUGCCAGGGGGCCAGAAGGACCACGCAUCCCAACAUACUAUACCACGACCGAGGAGACCCAGGUCAACAGCAGAGACCAUGCCACAUCCCAUCCUAAAGAAGACCGCCCAGUCUUUGCAAGACGAAGACGCUUCGCGAUGAGCCACGCGGACCAGCAAUCAAUCCUUGCGGACUCUCAGUUACCUGGAGCAGCGUCAGUCAUAGAGCACAUCGCACACACGUACAGCCCCUCUGAGCCAUUGCCGGGUAUCACAGGAUUGCCAGAUCGGUCGACAGGCGGAUCCAGGGAGAAUGUGCCUCUCCAGCACAGGAAGCAGAGGAUUUUGGGCGAUGAUGGGCUUUUGGUCUUUGUAGACGAUCAAGACUACACGGUCUGGGGGUUUGGCCUGGAUCUGGUCGCGGAGAAAGGGAACGAUGGGAUUCACGACGGUGCAAGUGGUCGCGGGAGGGGUGGGAGAGGGAAGGGAAAAGGCAAUCAAAGUCGGAGUGCCUCCAUGGCGAGGAUUCUUCCAUGGAUCAAAAAGUGAAAGAGAUAGCAAGGUAUGAGAACGACUUGCGUUAAAGUUUAUUAAGUGAUGUCGAUGGGAAAGUCUUCGUGUCAUGGAUCAUGUGAAGCUCUGAGAGAAUACAUCCAUGGGUCUCGGAUAGAACAGCGUCGAAACAUCCAUCUCGCAAGCUUUGUCUCUUGAAACCCCGAAUAUUGCGGAUACUGCUAGGGAUGUGAAUGCAUCAUGAGCAAAUAUUCAACCAGUUAAACGCUCUGGUGGGAGAGGAAUACGAAUGCUUUCUUACUCAGUUCAUGAGACAGUAUCCCUGAAUUUGGUUCGAAGAUGGAGUGGCACGGAAUUGCUUUCGCGACUGGUGUAAGUCGGAAAGAAGCAGGCAGUUCAAAUCGAGACCCACACGCCCUGUUCCCCGAGAUCGGCCGGUCGUCAACAGUCCUGUCCUGUCCAGCCAGGCUCGGCUCGCCCAGGCUGACUGUCUAGCAGGUGCCCUCGUAUUAGUCUCGUGUCA